CGUGCGCACGCCCGCGCGCCUCCAGCCGCGGAGUCUCCAGCGCCCCUCAGCAGAUCCCCGCUCUCCCAGGCGCCGCUACUCACACAGGCUUCCAGCCGCCACGGGGCGUCCUCUGUCUGCUGCAGCGGCGGCGGCGGCGGCGGAGGGAACGGCGACUGCAGCCCGGCCCCAUCUCCCAGCUCCGUGCCCGGGACAGAGUCCGGGAGAAGCAAAGAAGGAGGACGCCGAGGCUAGGAGGAGCCGCGCCGCGCCCGGCGCCCCACUCCGCUCGGCGGGCUGCCUCCGCUCCCCAUACGGCGCCCCCAGGAACUAACAAUUUGCAAAACCAGAAGCCAAAGCAAAACUGAAUUGUACAAAUGAUAUCACAAAGGGAUGAGGCAGAUAUAUUUAAGUGAGCCAGUUUUAAAGAAGCGAAGCCUCUGGUAUGUCAGAACCACACUGUCUUCCAUGGGACUUUCUUUGUGAACAGCAUCCAUUUAAAAGACUUUUAUGAACACAUCGUUUCAAUCAAGUCCCCAAAGAAUACACUUAUCUUCUGAGCUGCUAGCAGUUUUAAGAACCUGAUGACCUCCGAGGGGACCCUGCACUCAGCCGUCAAAGUGCUCCUGCCCACCUGGAUGCUCAUAAUUCAAUGGUAGAUGCAGGUGGAGUUGAGAACAUCACACAGCUUCCCCAGGAGCUUCCUCAGAUGAUGGCUGCAGCAGCUGAUGGUUUGGGGAGUAUAGCGAUAGACACGACCCAGCUCAACAUGUCCGUGACAGAUCCGACAGCCUGGGCUACAGCCAUGAAUAACCUGGGCAUGGUUCCCGUGGGGUUGCCUGGACAGCAGCUCGUGUCUGACUCAAUCUGUGUCCCAGGCUUUGAUCCAAGCCUCAACAUGAUGACUGGAAUCACCCCCAUUAACCCAAUGAUACCAGGCCUUGGACUGGUACCUCCCCCACCACCAACAGAAGUGGCUGUUGUCAAAGAAAUAAUCCACUGCAAAAGCUGUACUCUUUUUCCUCAGAAUCCAAAUCUUCCACCUCCUUCCACAAGAGAACGACCUCCUGGGUGUAAGACUGUAUUUGUCGGAGGAUUACCAGAAAAUGCUACUGAAGAAAUUAUUCAAGAAGUCUUUGAACAGUGCGGUGAUAUUACAGCGAUUCGGAAAAGCAAGAAGAAUUUUUGUCACAUUCGCUUUGCAGAGGAAUUCAUGGUUGAUAAAGCCAUUUACCUUUCUGGUUACAGGAUGCGAUUAGGGUCUAGCACCGACAAAAAGGAUUCAGGCCGCCUUCAUGUGGACUUUGCCCAGGCCAGAGAUGACUUCUAUGAGUGGGAAUGCAAGCAGAGGAUGCGUGCCCGGGAGGAGCGGCACCGGCGCAAGCUGGAGGAGGACCGGCUCCGGCCCCCGUCCCCGCCCGCCAUAAUGCACUACUCGGAGCACGAAGCCGCUCUGCUGGCCGAAAAGCUGAAAGAUGAUAGCAAGUUUUCAGAGGCUAUCACAGUGUUACUUUCCUGGAUUGAACGAGGGGAAGUGAAUCGGCGCUCUGCAAACCAGUUCUAUUCCAUGGUACAGUCAGCCAACAGCCACGUCCGCCGGCUCAUGAAUGAAAAAGCCACCCAUGAGCAAGAGAUGGAGGAAGCCAAGGAGAAUUUUAAAAAUGCCUUAACUGGGAUUCUCACUCAAUUUGAGCAGAUUGUGGCCGUUUUCAACGCUUCUACCAGACAAAAAGCUUGGGACCAUUUCUCGAAAGCCCAGCGCAAGAACAUAGACAUUUGGCGAAAGCAUUCUGAGGAGCUCCGAAAUGCUCAAAGUGAGCAGCUCAUGGGCAUCCGCCGCGAAGAAGAAAUGGAAAUGUCUGAUGAUGAGAAUUGUGACAGCCCUACAAAAAAAAUGAGAGUCGAUGAAUCAGCCCUGGCCGCUCAGGCCUACGCUCUGAAAGAGGAGAAUGACAGUCUCCGCUGGCAGCUGGAUGCCUACAGGAAUGAGGUGGAACUGCUGAAACAAGAGAAAGAACAGCUUUUCCGAACAGAAGAAAACCUCACCAAGGACCAGCAACUGCAGUUCCUGCAGCAAACCAUGCAAGGCAUGCAGCAGCAAUUGCUAACCAUCCAGGAGGAAUUAAACAACAAAAAGUCAGAAUUGGAACAAGCAAAGGAAGAGCAGUCACAUACACAAGCGUUACUAAAAGUCCUCCAGGAACAAUUAAAAGGUACCAAGGAAUUGGUCGAGACCAAUGGCCACAGCCAUGAGGAUUCAAAUGAAAUCAAUGUGUUGACAGUUGCAUUGGCCAACCAAGACCGAGAGAACAAUAUUGAGAAAAGAAGCCAAGGCUUAAAAUCAGAGAAAGAAGCUCUGCUAAUAGGUAUCAUAUCAACGUUUCUUCAUGUCCAUCCUUUCGGAGCCAAUAUAGAAUAUCUUUGGUCAUACAUGCAGCAACUGGACUCCAAGAUAUCUGCAAAUGAAAUAGAAAUGCUUUUGAUGAGGCUGCCACGCAUGUUCAAACAGGAAUUCACAGGCGUGGGAGCCACGCUGGAAAAAAGAUGGAAAUUGUGUGCCUUUGAAGGAAUUAAAACUACCUAACUGUGAAGAAAAAAACAUGUCUGGAAAUGAAACCAUGUGAACCUGGCCAGGCUGUGCAACGGGGGAGCAGGAGGUGUGGGAUUGGUCCAGCACGCAACCUUUGUGGAAACAUCGAAGCUUGCCUUUAGUUAUAUCUGUGGCGUUCUCUUGUGAGUGGAAAUGUAAUUGUGUACCAGUUCCUUAAAAUAAACAAAGCUUCAUACUGUGACAGAUCUGUUUCCUAUGAAAACCAAACAAUGAUUCCACAGUCAUAAUGAUGGCAAAAUUUUAAAAUAUGCUACAUUUGAGAAUAGCUCACCAAGCAAAAUAUUUAAAGUUAAUGAUGGUGUAGCGAUGAUUGUUGCUAGGCUACAGAGUUGUAUAUGUAAUGUAUAGCUGAAAUCAUUAAAUGACAUUUUCCUGAAAGUCUUUCUGUUUUAGUAAAAAAAAAAAAAAAAAAA